UCUUGUUCAGAUCAGAUCAGAGUUAUAUUUGAUUCUGGUGCAUACAAUUUCCGUUAGAACAGUUCUUUAGGUUAUGUACCUGUACUACACUGAUUCUGGUGGUAAGAACCGUUGAGGACUGAAAGAACAGGACUAAUCCAGAGACUCAGCACUCAGGAUUCCAGCACUACUGAGAGAACAGGACUAAUCCAGGGACUCAGCUCUCAGGAUUCCAGCACUACUGAGAGAACAGGACUAAUCCAGAGACUCAGCACUCAGGAUUCCUGUUCUCUUGUCAUGGAGUCACAGUGUGUGUGAAGCCUGUCUAACGAAGCAGUGUCCAGUCUGCAGAUGAAACAGCCCAUGUGUAUGUGGUGUGUUUGAGACUCUAAGUAGCAGAGGAAACGUAACUUCACUCUCACAACUGAAGCACUAGACCGUGAGGCAAAAUGGCAACUGGGGGCACAGACAACGGUUUUAAACUGGUCAUCUCCGGUCGUCCUGUGAAGUGUAAUGAGGGUGAUGAUGUCACACUGCCCUGUCACCUCUCUCCUGAAACCAGUGUUGUUGCCAUGGAGAUCAGGUGGUUUAGGUGGACAGACGUUGUUUACCUGUAUAAGAAUGGUGAUGUGAUAGAGGGGAGGGGCUACGAGGGCAGAGUGAGUGUGGACCCCCAGGGGCUGCAGAGAGGAGAUGUGUCUCUCAGACUGAAGGGCUGCACAUGGGGACAUGAUAAAGGAGUGUACACAUGCCAGGUCAUCUGUGAAGGACAGCAGGAGGAGACAAGAGUCGGGUUGGAGAUCAGACGGCCUAAAAGAGAUUGGCAUGAUCCAUUUGAGAAGGACCGUAUGGAGCGUACAUUGCGGAGGGAGAUAACUGUUGACGAAUUGGAGAAAAUUAAUGAAUCUGUCCGGUCUGUGGCUCCCCCUGCAUGGUGGAAGGCAACUGAAGAGCUAAUGAAGAGAAACAGACAAUUGGAGAAGAGCAAGAAGCCAAUAGAGGAGAAACAACUAGAAGAGGGCAAGAAUACACUUCAGGAGGAAGAUGAACAGCUGGAAGAUGAAGACCUGACAACUCAACUGCAGGAAGAAGAGAGGGAGCUGGAGGAGAGAGAUAAACAGCUGGAGGAGAGAGAUAAACAGCUGGAGGAAAGCGACACACAGCUGGAGCUGAAGGAAAUAUAUGGAGAUGAUCCAGAUCUUCCUCGCAUCAGGAGAAGAUGGAGUGCCCAGGAGCCUCUAGACUUUAGAAGAGAUAGUCCUGGCCCAGCCCUUCCAGUGUCUGCUGCUGUGUCUGAGCUGAGGCUGGUGCUGCUGGGAGGGAGCACAUCUGGGAAGAGGGCAGCAGGAGACAUCAUCCUGGGCACAGACACAUCCACAGAGACCCAGCACAGUGAGAAGAGACAGGAGGAGGUGGCUGGGAGGCGGGUGACCGUGGUGGACACUCCUGACUGGUUCUGCAGUGGACUCUCUGAGAAGGACAUGAGAGAGGACGUGGGGCGUUGUGUCCGUCUGUCCGCCCCAGGACCUCACGCCUUCCUCCUGGUGAUGCCAAUGAAGCCAUCUGAAGGGGAGGAGAAGAGGAUGCGGAAGAAAAUGGAGGACAUUUUUUGGGAGGGCUGUUGGGGACACACACUGAUCCUCUUCACCCAUACUGGGAGACUGAGCGAGAAGAGAGUGGAGGAGUUGCUCCAGACAGGGAGCCAGGAGCUCCGACAGCUGGUAGAGAAAUGUGAGAACAGGUAUCACCUACUCAACAUAAAGGACAGGCCUGAUGACACUGAGAUCACACAGCUGCUAGAGAAGAUAGACAAGAUGGUGUCCGGAAACAGAAAGAAAUUCUACAGUAGUGAGACCUACGAGGACGCAGAGAGACAGCGCACAGCCAUAGAGAGAAGGAUAGAGAAGGAAUGGAGGGUACUGAUGGAGAGAAAGGAGAAAGAGAUGAAGAGUGAACAUAAGAAGGAAAUGGAAAGAUCUUUAAACAAGAUGAAGGGAGAAAUACAAGAAAAAGAGUUAAAGAUCAGUGAACUAGAGGGAAGAAUAACAGAGCUGGAGAAAGAACUGAGGAAGGAAAAGGAGGAGAAGAGGAAAGAGCUGGAGAGGCAAGAGGAGAUGGAGGAGAUGACAGAGAGGUAUGAGAGAGAAGCCAGGGAUGAAGCACAGAGAAUCCUCAUGAAGGUCAUUCUGCCUGAAGUACAGGAAGAAUUUAACAGUUUAAAAAAGGACUUCAUCAGGCAGAAGGGCAGAGAAAUUGAAAAUCUACGUCAGGAUAUCAGAGUGAAAGAGAAGAUUAUUAAUGAUCUGAAACAGAGUAGAGGUGUUGGAGAGAAAAGUACAGAGCUAGAGAAGCUCCUGCUAGAACAACGAGAGCUGGAGAGAGAGAACGGGAGGAUGGAGGACAUGCUGUAUGAGAAAGACAGAGAGAUCGAGAGGAUGAGACUGAAACUGAAGGAAUCAGGCAUCAGCACAACAUGA